GCAAGUGAACGUCACAAACUUCAGCCUGGGCCAAGACCUGUCCUGCUGAGUUCGCAGGGGAACCUGCCUUACAGCACCACGGCACCAGGGUCCCUCUUUGCCACAGGGCUGUGCAACUGCGAUCGGUAAGUAAAUAGGCUGAGAAGCAUGCGCGUGUAUUUUUUGUAGUGAGAUGGCAUAAGGGAAAAUUGGGCAAAAGGCUCCCCUAAAUAAUUCCAGGAUUCAAGGUGUCUUGAAGCCAGAAUUUCCUGGGAAUUCUGCUACAAAGCCCUGUAUUUACAUGGCAGAAUUCUCGAAACACGUAUGGGAUUAUUAUUAUUAUUAUUAUUAUUAUUAUUAUUAUUAUUAUUAUUAUUAUUAGAACAUUUCUAUGCUGCCCCUUGCCGAAGCCUCGGGGUGGCUUACAAACACAAUAAAAUACAAUAAAAUACAAAAAUUACAAUAUAAAAUUAAAAUUUCACACAUUACUAUGUCAAGCGAAAGGGUGUCACCAGCUCAGUAUGAAAGCGACGCGUGAGAAAGGCCAUCCUGCUUCAUGUGUGAAGUGUUAUCAACAGAUUUAAGUUCAGUUUUUCUGGAAAUCACUAGCAAAGGGUUAGGGUACAAGACCUCCCCAACCAUCUUGUGAUGGAGCCCAGAGAAAUUGUUUAAUGUGGGGCUGAGGAGAACUGUUAAUGUAGAUUGGAAUGGGUUGGAAUUCCCAGUUCACUUUUGAUUUCCAGAAUGACGUUUUCAAUCUACCUCAGCUAAAAGUUUGCCAUUUAGAAUUCCAGAAGGUAUAGCAGCAAACCAGUUUGUAAGCAUGUCUCUGAUGUUCAACCUCAAGAUACGUUCUUGUACUUCAAACUUUAAGAUAUGCAAUAUGCUGUGAUUUCUUAUUUGUAUGCAGUUAAUUCCACAAGGCCAGAUCGAUCCAGUGCCCAGAAAAAGCUCAGGAUGACUGCCUUUUUGUUCUUGUUCGUUGUCCUAUUUGGGUCGUUUAAGCAGCACGCCUGCUGGACAUACCACGCUUCGGACAAAGACAUGAGUUACACAGAAGCAGAAGCAUGGUGCACGCAGCAUUUUACGCAUCUGGUUGCUAUUCAGAAUCAGGAGGAGAACAAGCACUUGAAUGAGGCAUUUCCUGCAAAUAAAAAUCAUUACUGGAUUGGGAUCCGAAAAAAGAACAAUGAGUGGGUAUGGACUGGAACGAACAAGCCACUGACUGAAGAGGCUAAAAACUGGGCAAGAGGUGAACCGAACAACCGGAGAACCAACGAGGACUGCGUGGAGAUCUACAUCAAGCGAGCACGGGACGCGGGCAAGUGGAACGAUGAAGCCUGCUCCAAAAGGAAAGCGGCUUUGUGCUACACAGCUUCCUGCAAGCCGCAUUCCUGCAAUGGCCGUGGCGAAUGUGUGGAGACCAUUAACAAUUACACCUGCGUCUGCGACGGAGGCUUCCACGGGCGCGACUGCGAGCACGGUAUGGCCGGAGGAAGCAAGCGCGGUCCAUUGAAAUCCGCGGCUCAGCAGAGUCUUUCAUUCUGUACAGUGUUUGCAUGUGACGAACGCCCGCCUUGCCUGUGUUCCUCUGUAGUCGUUCCUUGUGACCAGCUGGACGAGCCGAGUCACGGCACCCUCGAGUGCAGGCAUCCGGUGAGGGACUUCAGCUUCAACUCGUCUUGCCACGUUCGAUGCUCGGAGGGGUACGCGCCAACUGGGCUGGAGCCAGUCACCUGCACCGCUUCGGGAAACUGGUCUGCACCCAUCCCUGUGUGUGAAGCAGUGAAAUGUCCUGUCCCACAGAAGCCUGCCAAUGGCUCCCUGAAUUGCUCCCACCCAGUGGGACAUUUCGCCUGGAAUUCAUCCUGCAACUUUGCUUGUCAAGAAGGUUUCCUCUUGAAGGGCUCCGACAAGCUGCAGUGCAGAGCAGCUGGAGAGUGGGACGGACGGGAGCCGGAGUGCGAAGCGGUGAGGUGUGAAGCGGUGCAGCCGCCGGAGGGGGGCUCGGCGACCUGCUCCCACCCUGCCUCGGAGCUGGCCUUCAACUCCACCUGCGAGUUUGCCUGCCUGGAAGGCUACACCUUGAGAGGAGCACCCCAAAUUCAGUGCACGGCAGCCGGACUCUGGUCGGAGGCGCUUCCUGUCUGCGAAGCGGUGAGGUGCGAAGCGGUGCAGCCGCCAGAGGGGGGCUCGGUGACCUGCUCCAGCCUCGCCACGGAGCUGGCCGCCAACUCCACCUGUGAGUUUGCUUGCCUGGAGGGCCGCGUCUUGAAAGGGGCCUCUCGGAUCCAGUGCUCUUCCACCGGCCAGUGGUCGCUGCCCCCUCCCAAAUGUGAAGCUCAUCAGGCUGCAGGAAGUCCCUUGAAGGUUGGCGCUGCGGUUACAGGGGGAUUCGCCCUGACAGCAGGAUCACUCACUCUGUGGCUCAUGAAGCACCUGCGGCGGAAAGCAAAGAAAUUUACUCCAGUCAGCAGCUGCCACAGCCUUGAUUCGGAAGGUACUUUCCAAAGUUCUGCUCACCUGAUUUAACUAGAAGGUUCCAAGGUGUCUCCACAGACACCUGUACUGUCUGAAUGAAGAGAGCGAAGAGGAGCAAUGGUCAGACAUCAGAAGCUGUUGCGGUUUGUCAAGAACAGCCUCAGGAAAACAUCUGCUUUCCCAUAAAGACGCCAGCAGCCUCUCUGAUGUCCACAAAGCUUCUGCACGGGUCCUCUGCAGGGACCACAAGAAAACAUCCUCCGCGUUGCAUCUGCAACAUGCCUGUCAUCCCACAGACUGCAGAGUAAAUGCCUGAUGGCCACCACCUGGGAACCACGUGCAGGCGCUCCUGGGCAAUCCUUCGCUGAUUCGGGGGUUUUAUGCUGGCCUUGAACAAACCCUGCCAGGCAAAACUGUCCCUGUACAGGCAGGAGGGCUGCUUUCAUUUCGGUGGGUCUGGCCUCAUUGUGUCUAUGUCAAAGAUUAAUUAAUGCAAUAAUUGCUACAGUGAAUGAGUAGACAUGUACUAAUUGGACCCUACCAUCAAAAUCUCAACUUUAUUUAAAAUUCGGUAGAAAUUCUGACUCAGGAUUUCAUACAUUGAAUGGUUAUGCAGCAAUUCAAAAAUCCAAAGAUGUCCGAAUGUGCGAAUGUUUUAUAUUUUGGUGUUAGAUGUUUUUAUAUAUGGGGGUG